UUAAUCUUGAUACUUCAAAACUCCUAAGAACGUCACAAGUCCAGUAUGUGGGUCUUCCAGUGAGUUGGGGAGGAUUGAGGAACCAUGGCACAGUUUGAAAGCUUCAUAUGGACUAUGCAUAUAACUUUCUACUUCUAAACAUUGACCCCUGUUCCACAUAUGAUCCAGCCAUGUAUAAAAUAGGUGAUAGAUAUUGCAGAAUGUGUAGGCCUGGAUAUUGUGUACAUAGUCAUUGUACUAAAUCUACAAGUAUACCUUCCUGUGUUCCCUGUAUUGACUCCACAUUCCAUGAUGAGCCCAGUGGUAAAACAACAUGCAACAACUGUACCACAUGUGAUCCAGGUUUGGGUUUGAAGGUAAAGCAGCCAUGUACACCAUCAUCAGACAUUGUCUGUGGGACACUGGAGGGGUUCUACUGUCUAGACCCAACUAAGGAUGGUUGUAGAGCAGCCCAGAGACACAGCAGCUGUAAACCUGGUCAAUACAUCAACCACACAGGAACAACAUCUACAGAUACUAUGUGUUCUGACUGCCCUGGUAAAACUUAUUCAGAUGGAUCAUUAACAUCUUGUCAACAACACACAGAAUGUGAAUUUUUGGAAAUAAAACCAGGAACUCCUUGGUCGGAUUCAGAAUGUGGAGUAGCCUCACUUCCCAUAGUUGGAAUCAUAGCUGGUGUUCUCAUAUGUUUUUUUCUGAUGGCCACCAUAGCUGGUGUUUGUUUAUUUAUGAUAAAAAGACAAAUGGUGAGAAGAGAAAUAGUGAGAACAAGACAAAACUUAGACCCUCAAAUACCUACACAGGCAUCUCCAGAUCAGGAAAUACCAAUGCUGUCUGGGGGAACUGGAAAUGAUUCAAGCCCCCAUCAGUCAGGGACUCCACAUUCUGUAAUCUGUGGUCCACUGGCUGGCUGAUCCAGCCAUCUGUAGAGUAUCUUAACACUACAUGUUAAGUGAUAUUGUAGAAUCUGGUUGGUAUAAUAACAGGUACAGGAUUCUACACCACAUUCAAUUGUAGAGUAAAGAAAUGAAAAACACUUUGAAACCCAACCUCCAGUAGGAAGAAUAUGACUUCUAGAUACCUGUUGGGAGAGGACCACUGUGUCUUUGUAUCACAUGGGGAUGUUUAAAACUUACUCCUCAGCCUGAA